AUGGGGCUUUUGCUGAUGAGUUUUGCGCACUUGGCGAACUCGUCGAGCACGAAAGACACUCAAAUACUACUCCGAGUCAAGAACGGUCCGCUGCAUGGAAAACCCGAUGACUGGCUCGAGUCAACUCGGGAUUCGGCUUGCAACUGGACCGGCAUUUCUUGCAAUCACAAUCAGGUAGUCAUUGCCGUCAAUUUAUCAAACAUGAACAUUUCGGGGGAGUUCCCGGCGGGUUUAUGUAUGAUUCCUAAACUUGGAUAUCUCGAUCUCUCGCGCAAUAAAUUUGGCGGGAGUAUUACUAGUGACUCUCUUUCCCUCUGUUAUCGUCUAUUUACUCUCGACCUUUCGUUCAAUCUUUUCGUCGGCGGCUUGCCGGGAUUUUUUGUGCCAUUCUUGAAUUUGAAAAAACUGGACCUUUCUUACAACAAUUUCUCCGGCGAAACUCCGGCUAGUUUCGCCAGCUUAAGUACACUCCAGGUUCUAUCUCUUGGUUCAAACUUACUAACCGGGUGUUCGAUCCCCGAGUUUUUUAUCAACUUAACUGAGUUAACUGACUUAGUGGUGGCUCUAAAUCCUUUCCGUCCAUGUCGGUUGCCGGCAAGCAUCGGACGACUCACGAAACUCGAGAACCUCGAAGCUCAAUUAUCGAAUCUCGUCGGAGAAAUCCCCGAAUCUGUCGGAGAUCUCGUUUCUAUAAAAAACUUUGAGGUCUCCCACAACAACCUUGUCGGAAUAAUUCCCAAGAGCAUUGGAUGUUUGAGAAAUGCGGAACAAAUAGAAUUGUUUCAGAACGAGCUGUCUGGUGAAUUGCCGGACAGUUUUUCCGGUCUUACUCGUUUGCUCCGUUUUGAUGCCUCGCUGAAUAAUUUGACCGGAAAAAUUCCCGAAAGUCUGGCUGCUCUGCCACUAGAAUCAUUGCAUCUCAGCUUCAAUUUCUUGGAAGGUGAAAUACCUCGAGUUUUAGCUUUAAAUCCGGCGCUCCGUGAGCUGAGGAUGUUCAACAAUAAUUUGACCGGGUCGUUACCAGAGUCGUUGGGCAUGCAUUCGGAUAUCAAAGAAAUCGACGUUGCCUAUAACAAUUUGGAAGGCCCUUUGCCUCGAAACUUGUGUUACAGAAAGAAUCUCCGGAAAUUGGUACUUUUUGCCAACAGAUUUUCGGGUGAAAUACCCGAUUCAUACGGCGAGUGCACCUCUCUAACGAAGGUGCUUAUUCAAGAAAAUCGACUGUCCGGAGCGGUUCCCCUUGGGCUGUGGGGUUUCGACGGACUCUACCACAUCGACUUCUCGAAAAACAAUUUGGAAGGCAGGAUCCCACCAUCUAUUUCAAAGGCAAAAGGUCUGCAGCACUUGCUAAUAUCCGGCAACAAAUUUUCCGGCGAGUUCCCGCCGGAAAUCUGCCGUGUCAAGGAAUUGUGGACAUUCGAUUCGAGUAGGAACAAGUUUUCCGGUGCGUUGCCUCCGUGCAUGAAUCGGUUGACCAGUUUGCAGGAGCUUCAACUGCGUGGGAACAUGUUUACCGGCGAGAUUCCGAAAACUGUGGCUGUUAAUUGGAGGGAGUUAUCAAAUUUGGAUUUGUCGGAAAAUCGAUUUUCCGGCAACAUCCCACCGGAGCUCGGGAGUUUGCCUCUCUUAACAUUCUUGGAUCUUUCCAACAAUCUACUAACAGGGGAAAUUCCGGUGGAGUUGACGAAACUCAGAUUAGACAAGUUUAACGUCUCGAACAACAAGCUUAAAGGGAAAGUGCCAGCUGGCUUCGACACUAAGUUUUUCGUCCCUAGUCUAAUCGGAAAUGUCAACUUGUGUGGUUCUACUAAACCGCUUCCUCCUUGCCCGAGAUCCACCAAACGCGCCUCGAGCUCGGUAUUAGUGGCAGCUCUCGUAUCGGCGGCUCUUGCUUUCGCAGUAGUUGUUGUGUCACUUAUUUGUCUCUUCGUCAUCAAAUCAAAGAAAACCAUCAAGUUCGGUGCCGCAACUGAAAAUAAGCAGUCUUGGGAGAUAACGGCAUUCGCGAGAAUCGGAUUCAAUGCAGAAGACGUUUUGGCCUCGUUGGUAGAAGAGAAUUGCAUCGGUUAUGGCGGGUCGGGUCGAGUCUAUCGGGUUCGGUUGGAAGGAGACCAGACGGUGGCCGCUAAGCGGCUCUGGGAGGCAAGAAGAGGAUCUUUAGCAAAUCCCGAGGGCUCCCUCCGUUCGGAAGUUGAAACGUUGGGUAGAAUUAGACAUGCCAACGUUGUUCGAUUGUUGUUUAGUGGCUUCAAUAAAGAGUGUAAAGUAUUGGUGUACGAUUACAUGGAGAAUGGAAGUCUCGGGGAUGCUUUGCACGGAAAUCGAGAAGGCGGGCUUGCGCUCGAUUGGCCCGUAAGGUUCAACAUUGCGAUCGGAGUGGCUCAAGGGCUCGCGUAUUUGCACCAUGAUUGUCUGCCUGCCAUUUUGCACAGGGAUAUUAAAUCAAAUAACAUACUGUUGGAUGCGGAUUUUACUCCUAAAUUGGCUGAUUUUGGGUUGGCCAAGAUACUGAAGAACGAGGGUGAUAACGUCAUGUCUCGUCUCGUUGGCAGUUACGGAUAUAUUGCACCAGAAUGUGCUUACACAACGAGAGUGACGGAGAAGAGUGACGUUUAUAGCUUCGGUGUAGUAAUGCUAGAACUACUCACCGGUAAAAAGCCGAACGACUCGUUUUUCGGAGAGAAUGGGAAUCUUGUGACGUGGGUAAAACAGAUUGCUUCAUUAUCGUGUCCAGAACGAGAAAGUGGAGACGAUGACGAGAUUGAAGAAGUGGGAUGUUUCGAUCAACUGUUGGAUAGUCGGAUGAACAGAGAAACGAUCGAACAUGAACAAGUGGAGAAUGUCGUCAAAAUUGCUUUGUUAUGCACUGCGGAUUCCCCGUCCCUUCGUCCCUCCAUGACUAGGGUUCUUCACUUACUCAAGGGCCCUUAGUUUGGAUUUUAUUUAUUUCACUGUUAAUUUG